GACAGACACUGUAAAGAGUUUAAAGAAAAGGGGUACACUAUUUUAUUGGGCGCUUUGGAUAAACAACAAGUAGAGUUACUUCAUAAUGAAGCAGAUGAAUUGGCAAAUUACUUGAUGUCAGAACAAGUAGAUCUUGUCAAAGAUCUUGGCUGUGUGCUUGAACCUUGGACAUGCGGUUACAUUGACAUACCCGAGACAAAGGAAUAUAAAAUGAAUAAACAGGAAUAUGUCAAGAUAAGAGAUAGUAUCUACCCAUCAAACCAUGCAACUGUAUCAAGCUUGUUAUUUGAUACAUACGCCAUAUGGGCAUCACAAUUAUUGGAUUCAAAGGAUAUUUAUUUGCUGAAUGAACAAUACAUCGUCAAGCCACCUUUGUCGUCGUCCUAUUCACAGUUUGCGUGGCAUAGAGACUCUGAUUAUUAUCAUGAUACAAGUAUAAAAAAUCAAGUGACAAUUGCUUGCUGGACUGCCUUGGAUGAUGUCAACAGACUUAACGGGACGGUCAUUGUGGAGGAUGGUCAAGUAGUAGAAAUACCAGCAGGAAGUAUUCUAUUCAUGUCAAGUCAUCUGCUCCAUAAAAGUACAGGUAAUACAUCAACUCAGUUUAGAAGAACAUUUAUGCCUCAAUUCUCUACUCUGCCAAUCCUGGACAAGACAAAAUCACAUCUACCUUUAGCUGAACAAUGUGUGGGAUUUGCAAUAAACUGCUUUAUUGCUUGACAAGUUCACGCAAAACAUCAUCAAUCAAGGGUAAUUUUUGUAAAUCUUGCUGGACUUCUUGUCUCUGUUGGCGUGUCAUGGUUGAGCUAGAUAACUUUUGCUGUAACUGAUUUCUCUUGUUAUCGACAGCAUUUAACCUCUGUUUGAAUUGAUAAAACAAAAUCUCUGCACGUUGAAGAAUAUCUUGAAGAUCUAUUCUCAUAGAUAAAUCAUUGAUGUACUAAUGUAUAUAAAUAUUAGCUUAUGUAUAUAUGGUAAACCAUC